AUUUUUUUACAGGGCUAUGGUAUGACUUCGUGUCCAACUUAUGAUUAUUAUAAGCAAAACUGUACUGUAUUCUCGCCUGAAUCGAAUGUUCUAUUAAUUCAUAAAAAUCGGGGAAGUGCAAACAGCGAAGAAGGCAUGAAACUGUACGAUCACGGAUUGUCUGACAGUAGCGAGGUUUUGUCGAGUUUUCGCUCUAUCACUCAAAUUUCUCCGCUAUCUUAUGAUUUGUUGACUUUCACACCCGAGAAUUUUAAAGAACGGAAAUUGAAUAGUGACAAUCAACAGCGAUUUCGCAAAGAGAGAAAUACUAAAAAUAAGCAAAAAAUAGCGAAUUACAAUGAAAAUUCACGUCAUUGCGAUUUCCGAAAUUCUAGGACAAACGUAACAAUCUCUUCAUCAGCUGAGAUAUCUUUUGCUGAAGAUUAUCCAAUACACCAUGAGUAUACGCGCAAACGGAAAAGAAAAACAUGUGACGAGAAGUAUGUUUGCGAACGGAUGCGUAAUCGGUGGAAAGCGCGGUACAUGUGCACAUGCCACAGAAGAUUAUAUGAAAAAAUAUUACCUGAAACAUCAUCGUCAUCGUCACAUGUUUACGAGAGGAAGCCUGAAAAUAUGCACGAGCAAUUUUACCGCGUAUUCAGAUUGAAAAAUCUAAAAAAGUUUCCUUCUUCGAAAAACAAUCGGCAAAUGGGUUGCGAAAAGAAAAAUACGUCUGAUCAUUCUGAUAACGAUUGUCUAUGUAGAAAAUGCGCCUUCAUGUUUUUAACACGGAACUACAAAAAUUAUGUAAACGAUGUCGAUUUGGAUUUCAAGUUAACAUUGCUGCGUUAUGUGGAGCUCUGUAAGAAUGUUAAACGUGCAUUAAUGAGGAUAACUAACUACUCUAACUAGAUGAUAUUUACGAAGUUAGUAUGCUAUUGAUACCUCACAGUGACUCACACACAUGUACACACAUGCACACGAAAACGCAUACGUACAAAAGUUUGAUUUAUCAUGGCGCAAUAGUUUCAUAUUGAUAUAUUUCGACAUUAUCGCUCAAAGUUAUAAAAUAACAUUGUUAAUAUGUCUGUGUCUUAAAAUAGACAUCAAUGUAAAUGACUUUUAUAAUUGAUGCCAAAACACAAAUAAUUUUCUUGUUUUAUAAUCCCUACGGAUUUAUCUUUACGUAAAUCUUUACGUAAAGCACGUAUUCUUUAUAUGUGCUUCCUCCCACGUAUAAAUGUCUAAGGGUUGGAACAAUCUCUCGAAAUUAAUUCUGUAUAUUUGAUUUCGCAAAUAUUAUCAAAACCAUGCGAUAUGAAAAAAUAUUGUAGACAAA